AAUUAAUAAAGUGCAUAGUUACCAAAAAAAAAAAAUGUUGCAAGUUUCCAAGAAAGGCUUCUGUGCUAGAGGAUGAAGGAAAAAUGGGAAUAUAGUACUUCACAGUUUUCUAACUUCAUUAGUUAUGGCAAAGAAAUGGUUCAGAAGGUAUGUGAAAUUUCCUAUCGUUACAGCACGGUCGCCAUAAGAAAGAUAGACGACGUCAUUAGAGUUAACGGCCUACAGAAGCUCAGUCAGUACAUGUCGGAUGAUGAAGGUCGUGCUAAGAUUAGGGGUAUGGUUUAUUUUAGUGCAAAGUUCGUUAAAAACGCUGUUCUUUAUUCCUUCAAGGAAGCAGCCAACAUCUUAAUUCCUGGUGGAAGGGCAGUUGCCAAAAUUUUCUCUGAAACAGUUCGUGAAAUAGAAAUUGAGUCUCAAAAGAAUAACGCUGGUAGUGUUGCUCUCGAUGGGGCAGAGAUGCUAGAAAGCAGAGAGCUGAAGUUAGGUUCUGAAAAUACAAUUCAGGUUGAUUCAUUUUCACAUCAAACAGCUGAAGACGUCCUACGAGUCUUCAUGAUGAUGGAAUUUGUGGGCACUCGUUAUCUCGACAAUUUGUUGAUUCCUGCUCAUCGACAACGGGAGAUAGUGUAAUUAAUUCUAGUAUGUAUGUGGACACCUCAUAUAUGUUAGUAUUAGUAUUGGAGUGCUAGUAGUUAAAUCUAAGUAGUAUCAUAACUCAUGUGUGUGAAUAUUCUUGUGAUUAGAUAUAGCUUUCUAGUUUUGUUUCUUUUGAAAUUUGCAUGAUAUAAAGCAAUUUAU